ACCGAACAUCGCGUAGGUAAUUUUUUAAUGAUACGCGCCAUGUUUGUCAAAUCCCGGUGUUAAUUUGGCGGGACUCAAAACGAAUUUACUGAUUAUUUAUAGAUUAUUUCAAUUUGAAUUGGCCAUUACCGCCAAAAAUGGGUGAUAAAUGUGAUCAAGAAACCUUUGAUGAGGCCGUGGAGGAACGUGUUAUUAACGAAGAAUACAAAAUAUGGAAGAAAAACACCCCGUUUCUCUACGAUCUUGUCAUGACUCACGCCUUGGAGUGGCCCUCGUUAACCGCCCAGUGGUUGCCCGAUGUAACACGACCGGAAGGUAAGGAGUACUCGAUUCACCGCCUCAUACUUGGCACACACACCUCGGACGAACAAAAUCACCUUUUAAUCGCCAGCGUACAGUUGCCGAACGAAGAUGCUCAAUUCGAUGCCUCGCAUUACGAUAACGAAAAGGGCGAGUUUGGCGGCUUCGGUUCAGUGUCCGGCAAAAUUGAGAUCGAAAUAAAAAUUAACCACGAAGGCGAGGUCAACAGAGCACGAUAUAUGCCGCAAAAUCCCUGCGUGAUUGCCACGAAAACACCUUCGAGCGAUGUGCUCGUUUUUGAUUACACCAAACAUCCCAGUAAACCAGAUCCCAGUGGCGAGUGCCAUCCGGAUUUACGUUUACGCGGACACCAAAAGGAGGGCUACGGUUUAUCUUGGAAUCCAAACCUCAACGGCUAUUUAUUAUCGGCGAGUGACGAUCACACCAUCUGCCUGUGGGAUAUCAAUGCGACACCAAAGGAGAAUCGUAUUAUAGACGCAAAAACAAUAUUCACCGGACACACGGCGGUCGUCGAAGAUGUCGCGUGGCACUUGCUUCACGAAAGCCUCUUCGGAUCCGUCGCAGAUGAUCAAAAAUUGAUGAUUUGGGAUACCCGCUGCAAUAACACCAGCAAACCCAGUCAUACGGUGGACGCACACGCAGCCGAAGUGAACUGUUUGAGCUUCAACCCGUAUUCGGAAUUCAUCCUCGCUACCGGUAGCGCCGACAAAACGGUAGCACUUUGGGAUCUACGCAACCUAAAAUUAAAAUUGCACAGCUUCGAGUCGCACAAAGACGAAAUUUUCCAAGUGCAAUGGUCCCCGCACAACGAAACCAUUCUGGCAUCGUCCGGUACCGAUCGGCGGCUGCACGUCUGGGACCUGAGCAAGAUCGGCGAGGAGCAAACGCCCGAAGACGCAGAGGACGGUCCACCCGAGUUGCUAUUCAUUCAUGGGGGACAUACGGCAAAAAUUUCAGAUUUCAGUUGGAAUCCCAAUGAGCCUUGGGUCAUUUGCUCAGUAUCGGAAGACAAUAUCAUGCAAGUGUGGCAAAUGGCCGAAAAUAUUUAUAAUGACGAGGAGCCCGAUCUACAAGCAUCCGAUGUUGAAGCGACUGCUAAUUGAAUUACGUUUAGAAUUACAUUUUUGUACUUGUACACCUUCAUUUAUUCCUUAGAUGUUUAUGAUAAUUGAUUUGUGUGUAAGUUAGCUUUAUGAUUAAGUAAAUUUUGUGAAUUUUGGAAA